AAUGUCCAUAUAAUUAUCAAUUAUAAGUAUUUUAGCUUUUCUCAUACAUAAAAAUAAAGACUUAGAGUCCCAUUUGGCUAAUAACUACAUAUAUUUAUGGAUAUCAAUGACUUUUACUAUAUUAAUAUGCUUUUUCGGAUUAUUUUUUAGGUCUAGAAUAUAAACAAAACCUAUAAACUAUAUAUGUAUGUUUUUAUGGACUGUAUCUUUCGGUAUGACUCUAAUUUACAUACUUUCUAUAGGGAAAACUAUCUUAGGUGUUAUGUCAUUUAUUUUAUUCACAGGUUUAGUUAUCAGUUAAUUAUUAUAUACACUAACUGUUAGAUAUGAAUUAACUUAUUAAGGCUCCACUCUUUUUCUUUUUGGGACAUAAUUAAUUGUUUUUCAUAUUUUUACAUUAUUAUCGAAUAUUUCUUUUAUUUAAAUGAUCUUAGUAUCUUUUUUAGGAUUUGUUUUUGCCUUUUAUCUUAUUUUUGAUACUUAGAGUAAUGUAACAGGACCACAAAUUGAUUUUAAUAAAGAAGAAUGGGCUUCAGGGUCGGUUUUGGUAUAUAUGGAUAUUAUAUUAUUGAUUAUGAGAGUAGGGGAUUUAUUAAGAAGUAUGUUUACGAAAAAAUAAGACUGAAUUUAUAUACAUACAUAUAUUUUUAU